AUGGAUUUCGUUAGCGAUGACUAUCCACUACAGGGUGACCUACUCCUCAAGCUAAGACCAAAACAGCCGCUUGACAAUGUUCACGAUUGGUGGGAUGUUUGGGUGGUAGGGGAAAUCAGGCAGUCCGAUCAGAACGAGGCACUUCGCCAACUCCGACGAUAUGUGAGAGAUGUGUUUGCCUCUCAACCAACGCGACGUCUCGUCCAUGCAUUCACGCUUUGUGGUUCAUAUUUUGAGCCAAGGGUGCUUGAUCGUUCGGGUUGCGCUAGUCCUGGUCCCUUCAACAUUAUUUAUGACGAAAGGCGUCUCAUACAGAUAAUUGCUGGUCAUGCGAUGAUGACCGAUGAAGAACUCGGCUUAGUCACAUUAAUCAAGGAGGAUGACGGUUAUCGAGUGAUUAAUAUUGAAUCCGAGAACCCUCAAGAACCUGCCACUUCAGGAGACUGGGACUAUGUGACCAAAUUCUCAUGGACUUCGGAUAGACGAAAACAAGAGUUGGAUCUUUUGAGACUAGCACUUUCAAGAGGAGUACAGUGUAUCGCAACCUUGGUCGGCUCCAAAGAUGUGACUAGUAUUAAGGACAUACGGUCUGGCUUGUAUUUUCCUAACGCUCACCGUGCUCGGGGAAGCUCUAGAAGUACCUCAGGUACACAAGGGGAGUCUCGCCCUCGAGGCCUGAGCGCUUUAUCCAAGUCAGACGGCAUUGUUGAUACAGAGAAGACGGCUGGAAGCGCCCAAAAACGUCCCAUAAGCACAUGCGAGGACUCGUCUAAGCGGAGAAAGCACGACUGCCGCAACCUAGCAGAUGGUCAGGUGACAAAAGCUGAGUAUUCAAAUGCUCAAGCACAAGGCACUAGCUUGAAUGACGCGGAAAAUAUCUCUUACGACAAUCGCAUACUGCGUUGCCUUGUAAUUUCCCUCGCUGGAAAAGCCUUGUACAAAUUCCAGAAGAAGUCUGAGCUAUUGGGAGCUCUCCGCGAUACUAUUCAAGCACACAAGAAGCAGGAGACAUAUACUCAUGAGCGGCAUAGCGACCUCGAUGCUUGGCGAAACUGUGUCAUGAUAUAUUUAUUCUAG